AUGAGAAUUCGCAGCGAGGUGGGGGCAUCGCCGACGCGUGGAAAUCACGGUCUGUGUUCGCUGAUGAGGGGCACUUCCAACAUUAAGCGAACUCAGAACUAUGCGGCUAAAGUCGCGGCUCAGCGUCUCGUUCAGGUCAUGGCUUCCCAAGCUUUCGCCGACAACAACGACGAAGAUUACGAUGAUGGAGCUGAAGGUGUGCAAAUGAACUCGACUGCACAGUCAAAUCCUAGCAAAGAUGUGAGGACUCCACCUCUUGAAAAAGAGAAAGACGAAGUGGGAUGGGAUUGCGCUGAAGAAUACAAAGCUCUUGAGGAUCAGUUGAAGAGAGCCCCUAGUCAUGACUCCUACUCCAUUGAAACAGUGGAACCCUCGUUGCUGAACUCGGAUACGGGCUUUAAAUCGGAGCCCCAUCACACUGAAAACGAUGAUAUUAGAUUGGAGCUGACUCUGGGGUUCAAUCCAGUGUUGCACAAUCAUCUAUCCAUAGUAAUAAAGUUCUGUGAUAGGGAAGUCUGA